AUGAGAUCAGUGACUACUGGUGACGAGAGUGCGCCACGGGAACGCCCGUUCGGUUUUGUCUCGUUACAGUCCCUACCUGUUUAUGAAAGUCAUUACUGCAGAAAAGAAUCAUCAAAGUUAUACUUGCCUUCUCAUUAUACUUUGAAUAAAUGCUAUGAAAUGUAUUCAAAGGAUCUUAUUAAUCCUGUCAGUAGGAAAAUAUAUGAGAAAAUGUUUCAUGAAGCUAAUAUAAACAUAAAAGGAACUAAAAAAAGAUACUUGUAA